CAACUGUUUCCUAAAAGGUUUUGUAGGCAAUGGGACUGCAAGCUAACAGGUGCUUGUUGGCUGUACACUCUCAAUUUUGAAACUGAACUUCAGAAAAAAAUAUCCAGGGAGGAUUGUGCUUGCCAGCCUUGCCUGGUAUUAUUUUAACCUUUAACGCAGGCUGAAGAAGAUCACAGAUUAACUAACUGGCAGGGGACACUACCACUGACCACCAACCGCUGAACAAGGUCAAUACGGCAACAAUCUGUCACGUUUUGAUACAGGGUUGAGGAUUCAGAUUGAGGCGCAGGGCGACACAGACGAGUGGAACGAGUAACGUCAUAGAUGACGAUGGAGAAGAAAGUGACUGUGUCCAAUGGAGCAGGGAUGGUGUAUGCUGAGAAGGAACCAGACGCCACUCUCAGCCCUGAGGACCUGUCGGAGCUGCUGGCAGUAGGGACCAAGGAGGUGCACGAGAAGGCUGAGAGCACCCAGUUUGUCAAAGACUUUCUCAGGGGACGGAUCCGCAAAGAGCUCUUCAAGCUGGGUGCAGUGGCUCUCUACUUCACCUACUCCGCCAUGGAGGAGGAGAUAGAGAGGAACAAGGACCACCCCCACUUUGCCCCGCUCUACUUUCCCAGCGAGCUGCACCGCCGCGAGGCCCUGGCGAGGGACCUGGAGUACUUCUACGGAGCCGACUGGCAGGACCAGGUCAGCUGCUCCCUGGCCACCCAGCACUACGUGGACCGCAUCCACCAGGUGGGCCGCGAGGACCCGGUCCUGCUGGUGGCCCACGCCUACACCCGCUACAUGGGGGACCUGUCCGGGGGCCAGGUGCUGAAGAAGGUGGCCCAACGGGCCAUGAAGCUGCCGCCCACCGGGGAGGGCCUUGACUUCUACACGUUCGACGCCAUCCACAGCGCCAAAGCCUUCAAGCAGCUGUACCGCAGCCGGAUGAACGAGCUGGAGCUGGACAGGGAUACCAAGGAUAGGCUGGUGGUCGAGGCCAACCUGGCCUUCCAGUUCAACAUGGAGGUGUUUGACGAGCUGGAAGAGAUCGGGAAGACCAUCCAGGAGGAGGUGCUGGAUGCAGGCAUGCCUGUCCACGGAGCCACGGAUGGAGACAUCAACAAGUGCCCAUAUUAUGCAGCCAAGACGGCGGCCAGCGGUGGGUCAGCCUUUGCCUGUCAGCUGGCCAUGGCCGUGCUCCGACACCCUACCGGUCAAGUCCUGUUCGCUGCCUGGGUCGCUGCCCUGGCCGGAUUGGCUGCAUGGUACCUCAUGUGAUCUAUCCAUCGUCCAAUCACUGUCCAGCAGGGAAACGGGAAGGAGAAGGAAAGAGAAAAGAAGUCGUAAGAGGCAAUGAAAAAUGGGCCGUUCCGUAAUUGCUUGGAUGAGAAGUCCGUCCAUUCCCAGUGCUUGUAACUUUUCCUCUUCUCACUCUCUUGCUCUACCUUACCCUUCCGUGUCGGUUGUGGCUGGACAUAUCUCAAGCCCUUUUGUAGAUCACUUUCAUAGCUUUAUUCUUACACAAUUAUGAAAGCUCUAAGAUGAACGGGUGAGUUGUUCCUUUUGAGAGAAACGUAGGUGUGCAUUUUUUUUUUUUACGUUUUGAUUAUGAGGACGUUGGUUAUGAAGUGGCACGUAUUUCUAUUUCGAAAAUGAAAUAGUGUCUGGCUUUGAUAUAAGCCAAUUUUGAACUUUUGCAAUUGAUCAUAAAGUUGAGUAUAAAAUGCAGCAUAAACUUAUUUGGAAUAUUUAAGAGCAACAAUGUGCUUUGGCAAAACAGAACAAGCUAUGCAUAUAUAUAGCGUGAGUAGGCUAGUUUAGUUAAAACUACAGGGCAGACAACCGUGUUAAAAGUGGACCAUUAAUAUAACCUGGUUUUAUAUUGACUAAUUUGUGUUGAAUGGCUGCUGAGCACAAGAUGUGAGGUCUGGCGGACUUGAGAACGGUUACUAACGGUUGUUAAUGGAUGUCCAAGGGUACGUGUGCAGACUUGAAAAUCCUGAGCCAUACACUUUCCAAAAGGACAAUACUGUAGUGGGUUAACCUUUUAUCACCUGCUCCUUCCUCCCUUCCUUCUGUACCCCUAAUGCUCUAUGGUGAUACCAUAAUAGCUUGUACUACCUGUACACAUGUAUGAGGUGCCUAGCAGGAUGGGCUGACCUCCAGAUUAGAAAGCUGUCAUCUGUCAUCCUAGAUAUUUGGUUGGGUUAGAACCGGUAGUGUACUGUAUCUGUGUUGCUAAUAUGUAGUUUGAGUGGAAAUGUAGUAGAAAAAUAACCAUCUCCUUAAUGCAAGUGAGAAAUACUUCAAGCCUCAUGACGAAUAGCUGGAAGUUACUACAAUUUUCAUUUCUGAAGUGUAUAACAGUUCUUGAAUUGUUUAUUUUCAGCUGUUACAGUCACAUAUACCCUACAUUAAUCUUUUUGUAGACUGAGUUAAACUUUUGGGGGUAGAGGAGAGCUGAUGGUAGGGAAACUGUAACAUCCGUCCGUGGAAGGCCCCAAAAAAGUGUGUCCCCAGCACGGAGGCAUCUGUUUUGGUGAUUUUCUUUACCGGCGGCGGCAGACCAGCGGACGAGCGAGCCCUGAGCCAAUGUAGGGUUUCAGACCCAGGCUCCAGAGCAGGUCGGUUCAGGUCACACCACACAGGUGCUACAAGACACCUCACCUCAUGUUUCUCAGUUGAUACAGCAUCUAUCCAUGGUAUGGAUAGCAUAUGCACUGCCUUUGACAUUGCUAUGAUGGAUGGCCAAACAGAUGUGUGUGAGUGGUAUGAAGUGAUGGGAACCAUGGUUUUUAUAUUCCGUUUCUAGAAGUAGCACGAACUGGCAGGAGCGAACGGUUGUUCGUUGUCAUCAUAAAUAAAAUGCACAUUCCCCAAAAUGUUUCUAACAUUACAGGUUUGUCUUAUCCAAUCUAUUUUUUGUGCUGAAAGGCCUCAAUAUGCAGUAAAUACCAAAGGACACACUUGCAGGCAUUUAUCUCGGUCUCAGUUUUGAAGUGGUGAGUGGGGGUCUUCAGCUGUACAGUCCUUCAGAGAUCUUGUUCACAGACUAAUUGAAGGCUAUGUCAACUUCCUUGAUCCCCUCUCAUCUAUGAAGGUGAAAUAGUGUUCAUUCAUGUAUCAAAGAUGAAGUGUUCUGGACCAAUGCCACUGUAGUCAUCUGGAGCGACAGUCUUGGGUUUAGGAUUGGAAGGGGGAGUGUGAGACUAAUGCAAGGCUUGUCAUAUUCUAAUGACUCAAAGUGGUGUCAGGAAUAUUCCAAAAGGCAGUAGGCCACAACUGAUGUGACAGCCCCUCGAAAAGCCUUUUGCCUUGCGUGCACACACACUUUUACUGGUCAUAUACUGUAUCUUUAAGUGGUAGGAAAUGAUAACCCUACUUGAUUUAUUAGAAUUAUUGUCUUGCUUAAUUCCCUGCCUUUAAAAUGCUCUCCUCAAAACAUCUGUCAGCACUGUCUACAACUGGUGGGUAUUGGUCAAGAAUGCUGUUUGGUUGUCCCCUCAUUUUUCUUAAUACCAGCACAACAUGAUGCAUUUUUGUAACCAUGGGGACAUAACUGAAUCAAAUGCAGUAUUGUGGCUGUUUUGAGACUAAAACCUCAGGAGAGUGGGUGAAUGUUUGAGAAUGUGUUCUAGUGUUCUAACUAAAUGGAUCCCCUUUGACCUGCAGAGUGUCUGACUGGGUCACAUCAGGGGGCAAACACAGGCCCUGUAUGGUAUUUUACUACGAGCGGUUAUUAACCAAUCCAUUUUCAUAAAUGUAACUUGUUAGCUUUAUUGUUGACUGACAUGACAAGUGUAAAAUGGUGUGUGAGUAGGGCAGCAGGUCACAGUAUUGGGCUACAUUGUAUUGACUGUAAUUAAAUAAAAUACAGAUUUUCUGGAAUCAAUA